CUUUUAUCACACGGCAAUAUGGCCACACUACAAUUUUGUAAACAAUAACAUUACCACGAGGAAUCCAAAAAGAUAACAAGCUAUGCAAGUCUCUAAAAAGUCUAAAAAAUCGAAACGCAGCAAAAAAUCGAAGCAAACAAAGGAUUCCGCCGUUUCCAUCAAACUAACAGCGAUGCAUCGAAAGCAGAAAGAAGUCGCCCGCGUGCUCGCUCUGAAACAGGAGAUCCUUUUAAAAUCAGAAGUAUCAUACCUGGAAUAUCAGGAAAUACGAGGGGAGAUUGAGAGACUAAAUGGCUUAAAGGAGUCAUUUACGAGACGAGUGGAAAAAUUAAAACAACAAGACAAGUAGCUUUUAAAGAUUUAUGUACCAUUCUAAGUUCGAAAUAAGAGAAAAGCUCACAUUAUACGUAUUUUAUGGCUUGUAAAAAAAAAAUAACAAAGUAGUUCUUUGGUAUUUAAUAACAAAAAAGAGGUUGUUUCAUCUAUAAUCCCUGUACCACGGAAAACGCUCCAAGUCGCGUGCAACCAAUGUCCCUUCUAUUCUCCAGGCGCUUGAUAUUCUUCACACGCUUUGGGAUCACGUAGAAUUAGUUGUUCAUGAUGAACAUCGUCUAGUUUCCAUGUAAAGAUACGUUGAAACCAGUAAAGACUCCAAUCAAAGAUAA